AUGCACUUUCUCAGCUUAGCUGCCGUCUCCGCUACCGCCAUCCUCUCGAUGGUGCAGUACGCCCCAGCCCCAUUCCUUCUCAUCGCCGAAGCCAGCGUCGAGACUGCAGCCACCGUCGCAUCCGCCGAUGGCGCACUUGGAGGUGCUGCCCUCGGCGGUGCGGGUGCUGCUAGUGUCGGCCACGGAAUCUCAUCAAGCACCCGCCGCUCUCCCAUGAAUCUGCCAGCCGGAGUCUCGCAGAACUCCUGGGACUUAUGCCAGGGUCAGCUCGACGGUGCGCAUGUCCAUUUCUCCGGAACCAACAACUUGCGCCUGGAUGGCCUUCCCCCUGCUUGCAUGGACCUCGCUACCGUGCUUACCGGUGACCCUACCCAGGAGGGCGGCCCUGUUCCCACCCCGAUGGGAUCUGACGCUAUUCAGUACAGCGAUCUGACCAAGGACGAAUGGAUCCAGGUAGCUGAAGCGCUAAACAAGCACGGCUACUCUACCUCCUAA